AUGAAACUUCUAUUUGCCAAAUUGUAUGACUGUGUUCUUGGACAAAGGUUUGAUCAUCUGGAUGGCUUGACGUUGAAAAUGAAAAUUUUUAGCUGCAUGUUUCAUCUUCCAAAAAAAGAAAGAGAAUGCUGUGAUAUAGAAGAAUUGUUUUUUGAUUUAGAAGUUGAGAUGGAAGAGAGUAUGUGCCGUGAUUUAAUUUGUUUGGAUCCUGAUAAAGAAAGAGAAUAUUUACAAAAUCUAAGUGAUGUAUUAUUAUUUUUAUUACUACCAAAAGAAGAUUUCCUGAACAAACCUUUUCGUUUUAUUAUGAGGGUAAGAACAAAAGAGAUUGAUUGGAUGCCCUAUUUUACUCAAAGACUAGUUGAUGAUUUUGGUUCACAUAUCCGUUUAUAUAGAAGAGCUGUAGAUAAAAAGAAAAAACUUCCACCUGAAGAAAGAGAAUGCUGUGAUAUAGAAGAAUUGUUUUUUGAUUUAGAAGUUGAGAUGGAAGAGAGUAUGUGCCGUGAUUUAAUUUGUUUGGAUCCUGAUAAAGAAAGAGAUGGCAAUGAUGAGAUCCAUGAGAUCCAAGGACUUUUUUCAAUGAUAUUUUUUUUAUAA